AUGUCGGCUUACUUUCUAAGCAAGGAGAAAACAGCGACUACUCCUAGGGGGGAGGAGGUUCCGGAAGAAGAAGUAGAAUUAGAUAGGUAUGGAAUGCCUAAAAUAAAAGCAGGGCAAGAGAUAGUAAAAGAAGAGGUGCAUGAUGUAGCCCAAGAACAAUAUAUAUUGCAAGAAGGGAGUGCUUUGGAGAUUCAGACUUGGAGGUUGAAGAAGGAUAAGGCUUUGUGUUGGGUGGAGGCGAUGGGUAUGGGAGAUUGUAAAAGUAAUCAAGUUUACUGCGAUACUGACACUUGGCCCUUGAUUAACCUAUAUGAUAAAGAAAAAAAAAUUAUUACCGACCAAAAAAAACGAACCCAUCAAAUUGGCCGUGCUAUAAUUAAAGAAUUGAGAGGAGGAACUGAAGAACAUCCAGAAGGACUAGGCACCCAAGCUAUUAAACUACUAUUUGAACUA